GUAACGAAUACCCUGACAGUUGACUGACUGAUGUCGGGUGUACCUUCAACUCGAUAGAAGCAAAAUCGGCACGAACAUUAUAUGCCCUAUUCUCCCACCUCACUCAUUCAAAGUAAAGAUGACACUCGACUCCGCACUCCUCUCCCUGCUACACCUCUCCCCCGACCAAGUCACCACAUCCAGCCAUGGCGGCAGCUCCUUCUCCAAAACCUCCAAGAUCACAGCCACUCUGCCCGACGGCACCACCAAAUCAUUCUUCAUGGAAUCCGGCAAAGGCCGCGAUGCCCAGACCAUGUUCCAAGGCGAGCACGCAUCUCUCAACGCCAUACACAAUGCCGUGCCCUCUUUCUGUCCCCAAUCCUUCGGCUGUGGCCCAUUUUCCGAUUCACAAGACACCUACUUUCUAGUAACAGACUUCCUCGACUUAUCCCCUGCUGGCAAGCAUACCCCUUCCGGUCCAUCUCUGGCGCAGAAAUUGGCCAAACUACAUACUACACCCGCACCUCCUCCAGCGGGGUACGAGAAACCACAGUUCGGAUUCCCGGUGACGACGUGUUGUGGUGACACUCCCCAGGACAAUACUUACUCCUCCUCGUGGGCGGACUUCUACGCCGACAGCCGGAUGAGAGCUAUCAUCGCGCGCUCUCGUCAACGCAACGGCAAAGACCACGAUCUUGAGAAUCUGGGAGAGCGACUGUGCGACAAGGUCAUACCACGUUUGUUGGGGGACGACCAUCUCAAUCAAGGGAAAGGUAUCACUCCAGUUGUGGUCCAUGGAGAUCUCUGGUCGGGAAACACAUCGACGGGAAAGUUGCCGAGCAUGUCUUCUCCUGAAGCUGUAGUCUACGACUCUUCAGCCUGUUAUGCACAUUCCGAGUUCGAGCUGGGUAUCAUGAAUAUGUUUGGUGGGUUUGGCGGCACUUUCCUGAAAGAGUAUCAUGAAAUGGUGCCGAAGACGGAACCUGUGGCGGAGUACCCGGAUCGGGUCAAGUUGUAUGAGCUGUAUCAUCAUUUGAAUCAUCAUGCCAUGUUCGGUGGCGGGUAUAGGAGUGGUGCUAUGAGUAUUAUGAAGGACUUGGUUGGGAAAUAUGGGGACUGAUGAAGAGAAUACUCCAGUGAUCUAGUUGUUAAUCUCUCUUUGCCUACUCGUACAACUCAGACCAGUGCGCCAGGGCAAGGUUUAGGCUUUCACCUAUAUCAGCGCUACCCGCACCCUUAUCGGCGCGAAUGAUGAAAUAGACGAAUGUCUUGAAAUCGAGGCAUAACAGACAGCUACCCUAUGCAGAGGACAGCGACUCACGAAUUUGAUGACGAUGCACUCUGCUGCUGGCGGUAAAAUGCUCCUUUGAAGCCCGUAUUGAAACAAUCAGGACAGCCCUGUGAGCAAGGCAUAGUCGAGUAUGAAAUUCAG